UUUUAGCUACGAGUUUAUAUGAAUUAAUAAUAAUUAACUAACUGUUAUUUGGUGGUAAUAUCCAGAUUACGACUUGCAUUAGAAAGGAAAGAAUGACGAAUACGUUAAAAGACGCGCUCAAAGACAAGAAUGCUUUAAUAACAGAAGUCUACAAUUUAGAUCGAUCUUCGCGUGCUCGAUUGGAGCAUCAUACCAAAAUAUUCGCGUCCAUGUGCCCCGAUGAAAUCCUCGAUCAUUAUGACAAUUACGAGACCAGGGAAUAUGAAAUGACAUUGAUGCUCGGCGAUGUUUCAGGCUUUACAGACCUCACGGAAAAGUACACGAAAACCGGCGUUGGCGGUCCGUCCAAGCUAUCGGAAACGUUGAACAGCUAUAUCGGCGCGAUGGUGCAGGAGAUCCUCUCGCAUAAUGGGGACGUUGUGAAAUUCUCCGGCGACGCGUUCAUAGUAAUGUGGAAGCUCCAAGAAGGGAUGGUGAUGCGCGAUAUCGCGACGGAGGCGAUGCAGACCGCGUGCAUUAUACAGAAACAUUUUGGAACGUACAACACUGAUGUCGGCGUAACGCUCAAAGUAAAACUUGCCAUCGCUUCCGGGAUAACAUACUUCACUUCUAUUGGCGAUCCAAAAACGAUGUCCUAUUAUGUUAUUACUGGAAAACCUGUUUGGGAUGUAAAGUUUGCCGAAGGAUUAUGCCGAGGUGGCGAUAUUAUCGUGGCGCCUAGUAGCUGGCAAUGGGCAAAUCCUAACGAGUACGUUUACGAGAAGUUACCGGACGGCGUACACACUCAGAUCAUAGGCUGCUCAAUGUGGUACCAUUCUAGACCUCACGAAAUUCAAAAUGAUACUGGUGUUGAUAAUAGAAAUACCGAGCAUAACGGAGCGGGCUUCGAUUUAUCGUAUAAAGUACAAGACAGUACCUUAAUAAAUUGGACCGGUGAAAUUCAAAAGGAACAUGACUUCGAGCAAGUCGAUUAUAGUCUGAGGCCCAAAGUUAUAAAGGUAGCUAAACAGCGAUUAAAAGAUUCGUUGAGAAGCUACAUGCUCAGACCAGUGAUACGAUCUGUAGAAUUGGACGAGCCAUUGGAACAUCUUACGGAGAUGAGGCAAGUGGUUAUACUCUUCAUCAACGUCAUCACGACAGUCAUGGACAACGAAGAAUUAAUUUCGUUGGUCAGCGCGGCAUACAAAUUGGUCUGCAACCUAGUCUGUGAGAUGCAUGGAUGCGUAAACAAGACGUCUCUUUUCGACAAGGACCUGAUAUUUCUCUGCAUAUUUGGAUUGCGUGGCGACAAACACAUGAUGGAAUCACAGAUCGGAUUGAGAUGCGCCAGCAGGGUGCGACAGAGUCUUCUAACGAUGAAGAACGUACAAUCCGUAACGAUCGCCGUUACCAUGGGAAUGACAUAUUGCGGUGUGGUCGGUCAUAUUUUACGGAGAGAGUACACUGUGAUUGGAAUGUCAGUCAAUAAGGCAGCGCGUUUAAUGGUCGCGUACAAUAAUAAAGUGGUUUGCGAUCGAGAGAGCUUCCUGCGCUCUCGUCUUGAAGCGAGACAUUUUAUAUUACAAGAGCCAAGAUAUUUGAAAGGAAUUACAAACGUCGGUCCUGUUUAUGAGUUUCAAGAACAGACACAAUUUGCGCAUGAAUUGAUACGUAGAAAGUAUCCUUUGCUCGGUCGAGAAGCGGAAAUCAAGAUUUUUCGACAGAUGCUAUCGAAUCUGAUAGCACAUUUUACCACGAAUGAGACGACGCAACAUUUGGAACUUGAACAUAAUAUACUGAUUAUAAAAGGCGAGCCGAGAAUUGGCAAGACGAGAUUGUUGGAUGAAUUCGCACAGAAUAUUCCCACAGAUAUAUCAUGCAAUUAUAUCUCUUUGGUCAUGAACGAUGCUAAGACUUCUUACAGUUUGGUCCACAUGAUAUUUUCCAUACCGCUCGGCUUUAACAUCACCACCACUCCUAGCGAGCGCGAAACGAUACUGAUGUCACAACUAGGCCAUGUAGACAAACCCGAAUUUCUUUGCAUCCUCAAUCAACCCUUCAAAGUGAAUUUUAUGAUGAAUCCGCUCUAUACAGAGUUAUCCGCGAACCAAAAGAGCAAGAUGUUACGCAGGUUUCUGCGUAAAUUAAUGAGAAACUGCUUCAGGGAGCUGUGGGUGGUGAUUAUCGAUGACAUUCAGCACAGUGACGAUGAUUCUAUGACAUUGUUUCACACGAUGAUUAAGCAAAGCACAGUCUUCUUCAUCCUCAGCCUCGGACUGAGCAAGCUCAACAGCGAGUACGAAAUAUAUCCCGCUAUUUUGGAGAGAGCACGAGUCAUCGAAUUGAAUCGCAUAGAUAAAUGGUAUCACGCAGCGCUCGCAUGUCAGAUUCUUGAUGCGUGCGGAAUUCCUCCGGAACUCGAGAAAUUAAUUCAAGAAAAAAGUUUUGGCAAUCCAGGUUGGAUAGAAAGUUACUUGCUGAGCCUCACGCAAUCUGGUAGCCUUGUAAUAAUGCAUAUCAGUAAAAUGAUUGCCGAAGAAAUGGGUUACGUGCUCCCUCCCAUUUAUAUGCUGAAAAGGCUUGCCUCAGAGGACUUUUUGAAUAACGGCAAUGAAGAGGACCGUUCAGACAAAUGGAAGAUGUACAAGACAAGUUAUCGAAAUGGUCCAGUAUCUGGUAUGGUAGGACUACAAAGUUCCAUUCUCGAACCGGAAACGCCAAUUAAUGGUGAUUAUGAAGCUAUCGACGUUUACAAAUUUACAGAAGGCUUCACACUAGAAGAGGGAGAUGCUGAAGUGACGGUGGACGUAAUGAUCUUGAAAAUUUUCGACUCGUUAACACCACUGGACCAACUAUUAUUAAAAUGCGCGUCGGUGUUGGGAGAAAUUAUUAAUAGAAAUAUGCUACAAUACUUAAUGGAAGAUAAAUCUACGAGGGAAAUUGGACUCGCCAUCAAGAAACUCUUUGAGAUUCGAAUCUUUGGAUGCGCACGGGGCGAUUUUACUACGAGCGGUAGACCGCUGGUGUUUUAUAGAAAUAUAAGGAAACCUAGUUUGGAGGAAGAAAUUACGUGCGAAUGUAUGGAUCUUAUGAUACCAGACGAACUAACCGACCUGCCGCGAUACGCAUCUUGCGGUCUGAUUCAUUUCAAAAUGUCAAUGUUCCGUGAAACUACUUAUAGAUCGCUCACGGAAAAUCAAAAGAUGGAAUUACACAGCAAGGCAUUAAAAUAUCUUCGGCACCAUACCAAGCGAUGUAUGGCCUGCGGCGAGAUACAAUUUGUAAGAUUGUUAGGGAAAAAAACGGCCGUUCUUCAGGAACGUAGAAGAACGAAACUAACUGUCGCCGAAAUGCAUCAGCUUGAAGAAGUAACUUAUACUCUCAAAGAAGAAAACGCGCAAGAUAUGCAAGUAACAGGGAGAACACCGAUUUGUGUGAAUCUCUUUCAAAAAGUCAGGAAACCCACCAAGACCUUCUCUAAUGUUGACUUCGCCAACUGUCAAUGCCAUCUUAUCUUAACGACUGUUUACGCUCAAAUGUUGGAACAUUGUCAAGGAAUCGGAAAACAAGAUAUAAUCUUGACGGCAAUUUUGGAAUUUGUGGAUAUUUGUUUAGCAAGUAACAACGUACCUGAAGCUCAUAGACUUUUGAGUGACGCUGAAGCUCUGCUUCAGCAAAUGUUCGAGACCAACGAAGAGAAAUCGAUACUUCUGCUUUAUCUCACCGCAAAAAUUCAGAUGUUUCGAGGUAAAUGCCUCUUGGAAAGCGGUUUACUUACCGAAGCGCGCAAGAAGCUGAGCGAGGCAAUGAGCAGUCUGGGCUACAGUUUUCCGCGGCGCAAAUUCAUGGUCGAUUUGGAGUCGACGAUUCAGCUCGAGCUGCUAAGAUGGAGAUUGAUCUGUCCCAAGCGUUGGGAUAAAAUCGACACUGCCGAUGAAUUCACUACAAAUUAUAUCGAGCUACUGGCUAAUGUCUUGGCACUGGUGUUUAAUGUUUAUAAAAGAUCGAAAAAAAAGCAGAAACAUGGACAAUUUGUAUCGCGAAACAAUUUGGACAAGUCGGGUCGUACUUGGUAUUACGCCAUUUGCGCCGAUGUGCAACUAGACACCGGUCUCACGGUUCUCUCGUUACGAAGUUGCGACAAAUAUUAUCUUCAGGAAGGAGAGUCUAUAAUCAGCCUGCAUGAUCCCGAGGCGGAAAGGCGAUAUUUCACGUCUAUGUGGUUGUGGUGCAUCAGAACGCAACAGUGGGAAGCUGCGAAAGUUUGGAACAGCAGGAACGUGACGGCCGAGAGUAUAGCGGACGAGUACAAGGUGGCAGCGACGAUUACCGCGUUAAAGAAACUCGAGGGACUGUUAAUUUUGUAUGUGAAGGAAGUCACUAACAAAAACAUAAACGCAUUAAACACGCUAACGGAAAUUAAUAAUGAAUUCAAGCGUAUCAAAAAUAUGACAAAUAUCGUAAAAAUUGCAAUUCCCAGGUACAUGUUGAUGAAAGCUUACUAUUAUAUGAUACAGUCGCGAAAAAGUGCUGCAAUAAAAAUGCUACAAAAAACGAAGAAGUUAUCUAUAAAAGUAGACAACAGAAUGAUUUAUGCAUGGGCAUUUCAUUGUCAGCGGGCUUGGUUAGGUGCCAUAUCUUCUAUACACAAGGACUUGUGGCAAGAAAAAAGUAUGAAGCUGCAUGUUGGAUGGGAUGAAGUAAAUGCUAAUGAUUCAACGAUGAUUCCUUUUACAUUUCCAUUGCUUUAGUACGUAUUGUGAAUAUCUAAUUUUAAUGUUAUACAUGUAAGUGUAUCUACAUAAUUAAUAAACUAACGGUAAGAAAUUCUA